CUACACCCCACCAACCCUCCAACACUACGUCCUCCCCGAUAUGUCUGAUAUGGCCGAUCUAAUCCCCUACACAAUGGAACGGGUGCAUCUCCGCGAACCGUCCGAACUGGAGAACAACAUGUUGUACGCCCCAUUCCGCCGCGCGGGGGACUUCUCCUCCACAUCCUCCUCCUCCACCACUUCCUCGAUACAUUACUCAGCCUGCGACUCAUUCGACAGCACCACAACCAACCACAACAACACAGGCAAUCUCCACCCAAACGACUACUACCCAGGAGGAGGGCCAUCAGAAUACAUGCACACCCCAUCCUCAAUAUCCUCCUCUUCCCCUUACUACCCCCCGGACAACAACAGCACCACACCCACAUACCCCCCUCUGUCUAGUCCAACAUCCGCCACAGCAGCCGUAGUCUCCGCCUCUGCCUCAUCAUCACGCUCGCUCUCCAUGCCCCCGCAAGGCUCUGCCAACCAAAAAGACCUCACGAACUUCGGCAUCCAAAACGCAGACCAGACCUGGCGGUGUGCGUACCCGGGCUGCACAUCGCAGACGAUCUUUCGGCGGGGCUGCGAUCUCCGGAAACAUUAUAAUCGGCACCGGAAGCAUCUGUUUUGUCGGCAUCCGGGGUGUCCGCAGGCUAUGGCGGGCGGGUUCUCGAGUAAGAAGGAUCGGGAUAGGCAUGAGGCCAAACAUAAUCCGGUGGUGUGUUGUGAGUGGCCGGGUUGUGAGAGGAUGUUUAGUCGGGUUGAUAAUAUGAAGGAUCAUGUUAGGAGGAUUCAUCGGAGGAGGGAAUAAUCUCUCUUUCUCUCUUUUUUCUUUUCUUUUCUUUUCUUUUCUUUUUUUUUUGUUU